UCUAGGGACUCUAGAGCACUCCAGCCAGAGUGCAGAGUUCUAGGAGUAAUUCCUGAACGCAGUCUAACGUGGAAUAGUUCUCCAAAGAACUACUGAAGAUCGUGAUUUGUAAACUUAAAGUUAAAGAAAUAGUAUGAUGAGCGAAGCAAGUGAUUCAAGUGACAUCGAAAUGUCUGAUAAACAAGACGACAAGGAUAUAGAUUUUAACGUGGAUGAUUAUUGUCAUGAAAUUGAGAGCGAUGAUUCCUUUAUUGAAUUGCCGGAGAAUAACGUUAACAUAAAGAUAAAUGAUCAACAAGAUGGCAAAUAUGCAGGCCCAAUAAUUUCUGGACACAGAUUCGACAAGAAAUUAAUAUGUAUUAAAUAUCCAGGAAACAUUAUUAAUGUCGAUAAAGCUAUUGAAACAUUGGGUGGUAUUAGUUCCAUAUCUAUGGAAAACGAUUGCAGUGUUAACUUUAUUCAUUGUAAUAAUAAAGGAGCAGCUGAGAAAAAAUGUGCUACAGAUAAUAAAAACCAAUAUGAUACGUGUAUAGACAAGAAUCUAUUGAAAAGGAAAAAGAACCUGUUUAUCUUUAACAAUAAAUAUGAAAAUUUAUCUCAAAGGACAGAUUAUGAAGUACCACGUUUAAAAAUAUUAGGAAGAAUAGAGACUGAAUUCAAAUUUACGAAUUUAUGUGAUUUUCAAUAUGUGCCAAUGACACAGAAUAGAUUAAAUCCAAAAAAAUUGGAAUGCAUAUAUAGUUUGAUUUAUCCAACGGGCAUUCCUCUUUAUUCUUGGUUGAAGAACGAUGUACCAUAUUUUCUUCCACCAGCUGUUUUCAGCAGAAUGGAUACUGUCCAACAGUAUAUACCAAAAACUGAAACAGAUUCAAACUCAGAUAAUGUAAUUAAUACAAACAAAAAAUCUAAAGCAGGCUUUCCUAGUUACGUGUACUUUUCUACAUCUGAAGUACCUACCGCAGCACCAAAAGGCAUUGAAACAGCUAUGAAAGUGAAGUUUCUUCAAAACACACACUUGGAGCAAGUACGUCAACUAUUCGAAGAGCGUCCAAUCUGGUCAAAAAAUGCCAUUAUGUAUAAAACACGAUUUACAUCCGAACAACUGAAGAUAUUAUUACCAUCAGUAGCAUAUUAUUUUAUGACUGGACCAUGGAGAAUUAUGUGGGUAAAACUAGGUUAUGAUCCAAGAAAGGAUGUUAAUGCGAGAAAAUAUCAGACAUUGGAUUAUAGAUUAAAAGCUAUGCAUGGAUUAGGUUCAACUGUCAGAUGUAAAAGAAAUUAUUCAAAUUACACAUUACCAUAUAAAUCAGCUCCUGUUUCUAAACAGAAACCUGCAGUACUUACUGCUACGUUGAAUCAGGAACAAAAUUUGAAGAAGGAGCGGCAUUUAUACGAGAAUGUGUAUAUAUACCGGGAAGGUAUGGUACCUCCUUCCCGGCAAAUGUUUUAUCAGUAUUGCGACGUCUUAGUAGCAGAAAUACAGGAAAUGUUGGCGAAGCUCCCUGACCCUUUACCAGGUAUAAGAUGUCACGAAAAGAGAGGAUAUCUGCCAACUGAUUUUGACGUACAGUGCAGAGAAAUUUUAAAUAAACAAGUACGGGCUGUUUUGAGAAAAAGGAUGAAUAUUCCUGAGGAUCAUCCAACAACGCUUCCACGAAAACGGAAAUAUGGUAUUAAAUUAAAAUAUAAUAAAAUGAUUAAUAAAAAAACCAAAAAGAAUACCACAAAUACUACGGAAAUUUAGGCUAAUAUUACGUUUAUUUCGAAAUUAACAACUGAACAUGAUUAAUAUUGAAAGUUAUAAA